AUGUCAGUAGCCCAGUUUGAUGACCUGCUCACCCGCAUCGGAGCUCGCAUCGCCCGCAUGGACACCAACUACAGGCGCUCGAUUCCAGCGGAAGAGCGCCUGUCUAUCUGUCUGAGGUUUCUUGCUACUGGGGACUCCUUCAGGACCAUAGCAAGCAGCUUCAGGGUGGGCAUCUCCACCAUCUCCAGCAUCAUCCCAGAUGUGGUGGCAGCCAUCUGGGACGGCCUGGUGGAGGAGUUCAUGCCUGUGCCUGGAGAAGAGGAGUGGAGGUUGUCUGCUAUGGAGUUUGAGGAGCGGUGGAACUUCCCUCUUUGUUGUGGUGCUAUAGAUGGGAAGCACAUCAACCUCAAGGCACCCCCCAACUCAGGCUCCCUGUACUUCAACUACAAGGGUAAUAGUUCCAGAUUCUGCAGCUGUCUCCGACUUCACAACAUGUUCAAGCAUGGCCUCAAUUACAAGUGCAGCAGCAGGGGAACGACCGGCAGCAGAGGAAGAACCAGCAGCAGAGGAAGAACCAGCAGCAGAGGACGGUCCAGGAGCCGAGGACGGUCCAGGAGCCGAGGACGGUCCAGGAGCCGAGGACGGUCCAGGAGCCGAGAACGGUCCAGAGGCCGAGGACGGUCCAGCACUCGGCUCUGUCUCUGA